AUGUUGGCUUCUCUGCUUUUUGCUCUCUUGGUAUUGACCCCCAUGGAGGUUGACGCCAAGUUCAAGAGUCUUCACUGUACGGCGCUUGACCAGGAUUAUGGUGAUAUUUUGAUUUGCAAACUUAAGGCAAUCAGUCGGCUUAGGAACUCAAUCACUGUGCAAUACAAGACGAAGCAGUCCAUUAGUAAAUUAUUCGUUCGCUUAGAGUUCUUCAAGAGAGCUAAUGGUUGGCGACCCUUUCUCUAUAAUUUUACAGCAAACCUGUGCGAUUUUCUUGAUCGUAACAACAACUUGAUACUGAGUAUUGCAUAUGCAUACCUAAGACCUUACCUUGCCAUGAACUACUCUUGUCCCCUGAAGGAAAACGACCUAUUAACAUGUGACAAUUUCGAAUUGGAUAUUAAUAAUGUACGCCAUCGCUUUCCGAUUGAGACAGGUGAAUACGCUCUGCAGUUGACCUUUAUCGUAAAGAAUAAAGCCGCCUUGACCAUAAAUGGAUCCAUCGAGUACCAAAAUUACAGAGAACACUGA